UCUCCUUUCAUGCCAUAACCACACUUCACUUCACUUCCCACAAAAUCUUGUUUGAUUUCCAUUUUCCACCCUUUAAUUGUUUCAAAAGGGUGUUUAACUUCAACUUUCUUGAUUUUCCAACUCUUUUUUAUAACUAUAAUGGCUUCUAUUGGGUUGAGUUUUCUUAAAGUUCUUGAGAACCCAUCAAUGGGUUGCAAGAAUCUUGAAGAAAAAGAACAAGUUUAUGUUCAUCCAAUGGUGAAACGGUCCGCAUCGGCAUUGAGUAGCAAGAGUUUAGAGAUGUGUACGGAGAGUUUAGGAAGUGAAACCGGAAGUGAUGUUAGUGAAAGUGGUGAUGAGUUUUGUCCAAUAAUUUCAUUGGAGGAAAGGGAGAGAUUGAGGGCAAUUCAAAAGUCAAAGUACCAGAAUUUUGGCCGGAAAGUUCGCCGGAAUGACUUUCCGCCACCUUUGACCUCCAUCAGCGGCUCCGAUGGGGCGGUCAAAGUCAACCACCAUAGGGAAGGUGGGAGGUUGGUUAUAAAGGCUGUGAGCUUUUCUAACUGCGGUACAAGCUUUCAAACGGAACGUACUAAUGGGCGACUUAGGCUUUCAUUGUUGAGGGACCGUUCGAUAGUUUAUGAAAGUGAAGGGGUUGAAAUGGAAAAUUAUGAAAACGAAAGGGUUGAAAUGGAAAAUUAUGAAAAUGAAAGGGUUGAAAUGGAAAAUUACGAGGAAGGUGGUGAAGUAGAAUAUGAGGAAGAGGAGGAGGCGGUGGCCGCAGAGGAGGAAGAAGAGGAGGGUGGUAGCGAUGGCGGUUGGCGUUGGGAUAUGGGCGAAAACCAAUGGCGAAUGGCCGGAAAAAGAGAGGUGAAAAUGCUAACAAGGUGCAAGGAGGGUGGCAAUGGAAACAAAGUGUUUACAAAUUGGGGUUCCUCUUGGGUGACAAUUUCUUGAAGAUUUUUUUUUUUUUUUAAUAACUAUUGUGAUCUAAAGAAUUUUCAUAUUCUCGAUUAUUAUUGUGAUUUAAUGGUUUUUUUUUCCUUCUAAUUUUAUGACUGUUUUUGAUAUCCUACUUAUAGGAUAUUUCUAAUAUAAUUGGUCGUUAUUAUGGUUA